UGAGUAUUAAAAUGAGACACUAUUUCCAGUUUAAAGUUAGCUCAGCUUCAGCUGUGAUCGAGUUAUAGUUUUCGACUUGCUGAAAAUUCGGCUUUCAACGACCAUUUUAACGACAUAAUUAUUAUUUUAUUAUUUACGUAACAGCGAUUUAAAUAAUCCAACUUAGUAAAUUCAAAAACUUCUUUUAAAAAAUGCCAGCUAAAAAAGUUAUCGAGGAGCCAGAUGAUAGUCAAACUUGGGAAUUAUUAGAGAGAUGUCUUCUACCAGUAGCUUUUUCGCACGCGGUCGCAGUUAUUAUUUCUACUAUUCUUAACACCCUCGGAAUUUCACAGACUUCAAGUUUUGUAUUAUUUCUUCUCUUUUUAUCAUUAUCCGUAGGCUUCACCCUCUUCUAUCACAACCUCAAGGUGACUGCAGCUGGCAAAGCUGUCCUUGUAACUGGAUGUGACUCGAGAGUCGGAUGUGCUUUAGCAAAAAAACUCGAUGAACUAGGAUUUACGGUAUUCGCUGGAUUCACAAACAAAACUGACAAUGAAGAAAAAGUCGAUAAAUUAAAAAAAGAUACCUCUGGGAGAUUGCAUCCAUUACAAUUAGAUAUAACUAAUGAACAUGACAUACAUUCAGCUUUUCUUUACGUUAACGAAAAUUUACCCGACGGUGCCCCAGGAUUAUGGGCACUGAUACAUGCGAAUGCUUGGAUUACUCUAGGAGAAUGUGAAUGGGUUCCCCUUUCAGUACUAAGGAAAAGUGUUGACAUUAAUUUUAUGAGUGUCGCACGAUUAUCUCAAGUAUUUUUACCUCUUAUUAGACGUUGCAAAGGACGUAUUAUUUUGGUGUCUAGUAUUUUGGCUCGAAUUCCAAGCCCGAUUCGAGGAAUCCAAUGUGCGAAUGGAGCUGCAUUAGAAGCAUGGGGUUCAUGUUUGAGACUGGAAAUGCGCAGAUGGGGCGUGGAUGUUGUUAUUGUCGAGGCUGGUGAAUAUGUUGCUGGUAAUUCGUGGCUAAAAGACAACUCGGCUCUUCUAAAUCAAGCUAGAGACAUGUGGGUACAACUGGAACCACAAACAAGAAAAGAGUAUGGUGAGGAAUUGUUUCAAAAAGAAAUGCUGUCACUGGAAAAAUAUACUAAGGGUCCAGAAGCUGAUUUGACUCGCGUUAUGAGGGCAUUAGUUGAUGGUACUACGAAAACUUUUCCUUUGAAAAGAUACACACCAGUCACUCGUAAAGAAAGACUACAAGCAUUUCUCAGUGAUCAUAUUCCUAAAUCUAUUUAUGAUAUUAUUUAUACUGAUUAAUUUAUUAUUAUUUUUGCACACCUCAAGUGCGACCGCGACUAAUUCACUUACGUUAAAUCAUAUCUAUAUUUUUUUAUUACCCUAAAAUUCGUUGAAAUGGAUACUAGAACAAAGCUAAUUUAUUGAGGCAUAAUUUCGACCCGGUAUUGAAUCGAUUCAUUAUUCCAUUGAUUUUAAAUUAAUUAUUUUAAUCCUAGAAACCAGUGGCGUCAAUUGUCGUCUGUGAAUCUUUGGAAUCACGAUAACUUUAGAAAAAUUUAAUAAAUCGGCCUGUUUUUUUUUUAGUAGCUUUGUAAUUUUUGUCGCAAGGACCCUAUGGAAAUUCAUUAUCUAAAUCCUUGUGGUUUUAUUGUAAUUAAUAAAAAACUUAGGACCAGUAAUUCAUUAAAAAUUUUGCCGCCAUUUUUUAUUUAUUAUUUUUUCUUCUUUUUCCUCGAACUACUGGUGGCAGCACUCGAGUGACAGUAGGGUUAAAAAAUAAAAAGUAACAUCUGUGAAAAAAGGCGGGAUAUUUAAAAAAAUUGAAAUUAAAUAUUAACAAUUAUUAUGAGCUAUUGAGGUGUGCAAUUUUUAGUUCUCAAAAAUUUCUAUUAUUCCUGGAAAGUUGGGUUGCUUUAUUUAAAAUUAAUUAAUUUAUUAAAUUCAUUAGUGAUUUAUAAAUUUAAAUAAAAAAUCAUUGAUAAUUUGAAAUAAAAGGAGCAGCUUCCGAUUUAAAAUCUUUUAAUCCAUUUAACUUUUAUUAUUUAUCAUUUAAAUUUAAAAACUAAUUAGAGUUUCAAUUGAAUUUGAAAUGUUUGUUUGUGAAU